AUGAAGUUCUCCGCUCUCGCCCUCGCUGCCCUCUCGCAGGUCGCCUCUGCCCACUACUUCUUCGACGUCAGCGCUCUCAACGGUGCCGAGUCCAAGUCCUUCCAGUACAUCCGUGACUUCACCCGUCCUACCAAGUACAACCCCAUCAAGUUCUCCUCCAACCCUUCCGCCGACAUCCGCGACAACUCUUUCGCUGAUGGUGAGGACAUCAUCUGCAACCAGGGUGCCACCGGAACCGGUGGUAACACUGAGGUCCUCGAGGUCAAGGGCGGCGAUGUCAUGACCUUCAAGCUCGCUGUCGGUGCCAAGAUGGGUCACCCCGGACCUACUCUGGCCUACAUGUCCGCCGCUGGUGGCGACGUCAAGUCCUACAAGGGUGACGGUGACUGGUUCAAGAUCAUGGAGGAGGGUGUCUGCAACGCCGGUGGUGACUUCACCAAGGACGCUUGGUGCAACUACGACGCCACCUCUUUCGACGUCAAGAUUCCCCAGGGUACCCCCAACGGCGAGUACCUCCUCCGAGUUGAGCACAUCGGUGUCCACCGAUCUCACGUCAACCAGCCCGAGCACUACGUCUCCUGCGCUCAGGUCAAGGUUACCGGUGGCUCCGACGGCACUGUCGACGCCGAGAUGGUCAAGUUCCCCGGUGCCUACAAGGACACCGAUGAGUACGCCAACUUCUCCAUCUACAACGGUGCUAAGGCCUUCCCCAUGCCCGGCCCCAAGGUCUGGGACGGUGCCGCUUCCGCUGGUGGCUCUACCGGUGGCUCUACCGGUGGCAACACCGAGGCUCCCGCUUCUACCCCCGCUCCCGAGGCCGGUAACGGUCAGCAGACCGGUGGUGAGCAGGCCGCUCCCUCUGCCGCUCCCGAGGCUGGCAACAACAACGGUCAGAACGGUGGCUUCCAGGGCGGCAACCAGGGUGGCUUCCCCGGUGCCGCCAACCAGCAGUUCCAGGGACAGGCUGGUUCCAACGGCUCUCCCUGCUCUGCUUAG